GGCGCAAAGGAGGCGAGGAGGGGAGGAGCGGCGCCUCCGCCAUUUUGUCGCCGUCAGCGUCGCGGCCUGAAGAUGGUGAAGCUGUUCAUCGGGAACCUGCCGCGGGAGGCGACGGAGCAGGAGAUCCGCUCGCUGUUCGAGCAGUACGGCAAGGUGCUGGAGUGCGACAUCAUCAAGAACUACGGCUUCGUGCACAUCGAGGACAAGACGGCGGCCGAGGACGCCAUCCGCAACCUGCACCACCACAAGCUGCACGGCGUCUGCAUCAACGUGGAGGCCAGCAAGAACAAGAGCAAGGCCUCCACCAAGCUGCACGUGGGCAACAUCAGCCCCACCUGCACCAACCUGGAGCUGCGCGCCAAGUUCGAGGAGUACGGCCCCGUCAUCGAGUGCGACAUCGUCAAGGACUACGCCUUCGUGCACAUGGAGCGGGCGGAGGACGCGGUGGAGGCCAUCCGAGGGCUGGACAACACCGAGUUCCAAGGCAAGCGGAUGCGCGUGCAGUUGUCCACCAGUCGGCUCAGGACUGCGCCCGGGAUGGGAGACAAGAGCGGCUGCUACCGGUGCGGGAAGGAAGGGCACUGGUCUAAAGAGUGUCCGGUAGAUCGCCUGGGGCAAGUGGCUGACUUUACCGAGGCCUAUAACGAGCAGUACGGAGCCGUGCGCACUCCCUACACCGCGGGCUAUGGGGAGACCAUGUAUUACGAUGACGCGUACAGCGGGAUGGCCGACUACUACAAGCGCUACCGCGUCAGGUCCUAUGCGACGGCCUCUGCGUACGACGCCUACGCAGAGCAGACCAUGGCCCAGUACUCCCAGUACGCCCAGUACUCCCAGGUCCAGUCCACGGCCAUGGCGGCCACCACGGCCAUGGCCAGCCGCAUCCCCACCACCUUAGACCCCUACGAUAGAGCUCUGCUGCCCACCCCGGGCGCGGCGGCGGCCGCUGUCGCCGCCGCUGCCACCGCCGCCGCCGCCGCGGCCUCCUCCACCUAUUACACCCGGGAUAGAAGCCCCCUGCGCCGCACGGCAGCCGCGGCCACCACCGUCGGAGAGGCGUACACGUACGAUCGUAGUCAGCUGUCGCCGGUCUCGUCGGUCGCUCGCCCUUCGCUCUACGACAUGCAGCGCUUCGAGCGCGACCCGUACGCGGACAGGGCGCGGUACUCUGCCUUUUGAGCCGAGGUGAGCGCCCGGCGCGGGGCCGACCCUCCCGUGAGGCGUCCCCGUGGAUUUCCUGCCCCACCGAGGGGGGCCGAGAGCGAGAGGAGGUGUGGACAGGGGGAGGGGGACGCGGCCGCGCACCCCCAGGGCGGAGCGGGGCGGUGAGCGCGGCGCUGCCAGCACCGGUCCCUCCCGGUUCGGCGCUGGCCGGUUGGUAACGGGCCUUCGUC